GUCUGUUAGCCAGGUUUACACAUUCAUCAGAUGUAUGCAGCUUGUCACUCAGACAACAGAGUCACAGAGACAGGCUUCACCUCGAGAUACUACAGCAUAGCAGAAAAAAAGAGAACACUGUUCAUCAGGGUCAGCAGAAGCUGUCACCAGGAGACUGUUGUAUACCGAGCUGCAGUAACUAAAAGGAGGUCAGCACAAUACAUUAUUAUUCUUGCGCCAACAAAAGAAGAAACCAUUGAAAUACACAGCAUCACAAUUUAGUAGCCUCACGUUCUGGUGAUGGGUACGUACAUUGGUCACAUUUCUCCCGGUUUGGCAUUCCUGUCUUUUGGAAUCCUGUACGCUGUCAGGUACUCCUUGAUGGUGCUGAAUGGAUGCAGAGAACAGUACCCUCCUAGAACAAAGAAACCUGGUAACAUCCUGAAGACACUGCCUGUAGAAGGGGUGAUGAAGUUGAUUUAUGGCUUGAUGGCUGUCUUAGCUGAGUUCUUCUUUCCUCCUGGAGUCCAGAAACUUAGGUUCUUCAGGUCAGAUGACCCUGAUUUUCACUUCCAGAAUCCAAGCGAGUGGCAGCAUGCCACAAUGUAUGGGUAUUUCUGUGUUAGCGGAAUGCUGGACAUCAUAAGUCAGUCCUGUUUGCGUCAACGCUGGCCACUGCUGGAACACUUGGGAGUUACUGCAGCUUUUUUCAUUACCACCCUCCUUCUCAAAUUCCAUAGUCAUGGGAAAGAUAUGAUUGAGGUUCAAGUUCACUACCUGCUGCUAGUCACUUGCGCCCUUACCAGUAUUAUCUUCAUAAUUGAGAUCUGGUUGCCAAAUCAACCACGACUAUGGUUUUCCAAAACAUGGCUAGUACUUGUGCAGGGAACAUGGCUUUUUCAUGCUGCCUUUAUCUUGUACAAUCCACCAACUGGUCAUACCUGGAAUGCUAGUGAUCAUGCGGAUCUCAUGUUUCUCACAACAUUUUACUGCUGGCACUUAGCAUUUAAUGUUGGGUUACUUGGUGUAAUAUUUUGGGUCACAUUGAUCUUACACCGUCGCUGGGGUGAAAAAAUAAAUCGAAAUGGCUACCAUUUGGCUGGAGAGAUGGAGAAGCUGACUGCAGUUGGUGAUGAAGAUUUAUAAUUUGAAUAUCAUUUCAUAAUUACUUUUGAAAUCCUAGACAGAUGUGUAGGAAAAGCCUUGCUUCAUAAGGUAUUGGGACACAUACAUCAUUAAACCACCAUUCCUAGCUUACAACAAUAUCACCGGCAGAUUCAAAGAGAUCUCAAGGAUCUGUUGUUUGCUGUAUUUGUGUUAAAUCUGAGGUCAUAGAGCUAUACCCGGAAUAAAAUGAUUUCUAGGUUUAUGACUUUAUUAAAAUGCGUUCUUAUAGAAGUUUAUUAUAGCAGGCAGUACCAGGAUUCAGUAUACCAGUGUUCAAACUGGGAUUGUUUUUAUAGUAGAAAAUGCGCAGAACACUCCACCACCAAAUCAGUCUUGGACAUUCUGGCAUUUAUGGUUUCCACGUCUUAAGGACACAAAACUGAUCUUAAAAAUGUCUCUGAGCAAACAUGUAUUAUUUAAAAUGAUUAAUAACAACUGUGUUCAAGCACUGGUAUGUGUACAAAAAAUAAAACAUUCCAGGAGUUAUGGAGCAGUUGUGUUUUGUGACAUGCUGUAUUCUGUAACAGAACCCUAUUGCAAUGUUUUAUAAUAUGUCUAAUAUCUGUAUCACUGUGUUGUCUGCUGUUGAGCAUAUAUACUGAUUUCUGCUUUGGUAACAUGUUAAUGUAUGGGGCAUGUCGCAUAUAUACCUGUGUGUGUGUGUGUGUAUAUAUACCGUAUUUGCUCGAUUAGAUGACCCUGAUUAUAAGACGACCCUCCAAAAUUUGAAAGAGCCUGAAUAAUAAAAAAAAGAAAAGGCCUGAAUAGAAGACUACCCUAUAGGAAAAAAGUUUUACUAGUAAAUAUUAAUUCACAUAUUACCAUAUUUUUACGUUUUAAUAAAAUCUAUGAUUGAGAAAAA